AUGGAGUUGGAUGAUUUUUUUAAUACUGCACUUGUAGGUUACGAAGAAGGAAGAAGAAAUUUACUCUUUGAAGAUGUACGUUUGUUGGAGGAUAGCCUCAAUAAAACUCAAAAUGUUCUGGAGGUGUUAUCUGUUUUUUUAGCAUUUGUUGUUAAUGAGGGUCGUUUACAGCAUUUGUUGGUGCAAAUUUAUCAGUUAUUCUGGUCACUAUUGUCCAGUUUGAACUCAAAAUUAGCAGAUUGUGAAGCAGUUUCGGAUUCUCCGAGCUUCUUUCCAAAUCGUAGCAGUAGUGGUUUAGCUGGAAGACCUGCUGUAAAAAUUACCCAUGAACAAAUUACUAUACUUCGCAACUUAGGAAUGACAUGGAUUAACAUUGCUAGUACACUGAAAAUUUCUCGAAGAACCUUAUAUAGGCUAAAAAGUAAAUUUGAUAUAAAUGAGAGCUGCUUUAUUCCAGAUGAAGAACUAGAUUUAAUAAUUUCUGAUAUCAUACGCAGCACACCAAAUUCUGGAGAAUCAUAUGUAAGGGGUAGUCUGAGGUCACGUAAUGUAACUGUUCCAAGGUGGAGAGUUAGGGAACGAUUAGAAAUUCUUGAUCCUAUUGGAAGAGCAUUAAGAAGACAUAAUACAAUCGUUAGGAGGAAAUACACAGUUAAGGGGGUGAAUUAUUUAUGGCAUAUGGACUCAAAUCACAAGCUAAUUAGCUUCAGAAUGGUGUUCCAUGGUUGCAUUGAUGGGUUUAGCCGAAUGAUAAUUUACUUGCAUUGUUUAAAUAAUAAUAAAGCUGAAACUGCUCUGAAUUGUUUUGAGAAUGGUGUGCUGCAGUUUGGGCUACCUAGUAGAGUACGCGGAGAUAGAGGUACCGAAAAUAUAGCUGUUGCUAGAUACAUGAUUGCACAGAGGGGUUGUGACAGAGGAAGUUUUAUCGUCGGUAGAUCAGUUCACAACCAGAGGAUUGAAAGACUCUGGUCAGAGGUAAAUCGUAUUGUUUCAAAACAAUAUAAAGAAUUGUUUCUGUAUAUGGAAGAGCAAAAUUUGUUAGAUGAAAAUGAUGAAAUUGAUCUCUUUAGUUUGUCUUAUGUAUUCUUACCACGUAUAAGAAGGUCCUUAGAGGAAUUUGUAAGACAAUGGAACUUUCACGCAUUAAGUACGGAACGGUACAGAUCUCCAAGUCAAAUUUUUUUUACCUCUACAAUAAGCGGACAAUGUGUAAAUGAUGAGGACCCUUCAUAUAUAGAAAAUCCUCAAGAAUACGGAAUCGAUUUUAUGGGCCCAUUACCGGAGAUUGAAACCGAGAAUCAUAUUGAAGUUCCCAACUUUGAAAUUAGUCUUACCAAUAAUCAAAUGUUGUUUCUAAGAAAUCAACUUCUUGAUCCACAAACUAAUGGUGACGAAUCAGGCAUUUUCCAUUACAUGGCUGUGCGCAACUUAAUACGUGGUUUUUAUAAUAUGUGA